UCCCAGAUUUGCCGGGAUUUGUGAACCACUUCGAUUGUUUCGGAAGACAUGUUUUCUUCACCUUAUUAUAUGAAAAGAUGUAUUUGAUGAUGGAUAGUCAAAGCAGUAAUUUAUAACACGCCAUAUAUCCUGAGUUACUCACAUGUUCUUGUAAAGCGAUGGUGUGGCUAACAUCCACAAGGCGUCUGCUUCAGGCGGUGACGAAAUCUGGCACUUCACAAACCAGCUACACAUCAAAAGAGUUAAAACCAAAGAGUUCAUGGACGAGAAGAAGAGCAUUUUUGGAUUCAAUGAGGAUUUAUGUGCGUGGUGGUUCUGGAGGCCAGGGCUUCCCCAGGUACGGAGGUUUAGGGGGAAAGGGUGGAGAUGUCUAUGUCACUGCCGUCAAAAAGAGGACGUUGAAACAUGUUCAUUCUGCGAACCCAUCCAAAAGGUUCAUUGCUGGCAAUGGAGACAAUAGCAGUAAAAGGAAGUUGGUUGGAGAUGCGGGUGCUGACUGUAUUAUCAAAGUGCCUGUGGGUGUGACAGUGAAGAAUAACAUUGGUCGAGUGAUUGGUGAUCUGAAUGAGGAAAAACAGAUGUUGCGAGUGGCUCGCGGGGGUCUUGGCGGCCAUCCCGAUAAUCACUUCCUGGGUCAGAAAGGUCAAGUGGAGAUGGUGACACUUGACCUCAAGCUGUUGGCUGAUGUGGGACUUGUGGGAUUUCCUAAUGCUGGAAAAUCAACCUUCUUGUCAGCUGUAUCUCGGGCUGCUCCCAAAAUAGCCAGUUAUCCUUUCACAACAAUUCAGCCACAGAUUGGCGUCAUGGAGUUCACAGAUCACAGACAGAUCUCUGUUGCUGACCUACCAGGCCUGAUUGAAGGGGCACAUGUAAAUGUAGGAAUGGGACAUAGGUUUUUAAAACAUGUGGAACGGACUAAGCUACUGCUGUUUGUAGUAGACAUCAAUGGUUUCCAGCUGCCCAAGAGGGAACACUUCAGAACAGCUUUUGAGACAGUGAUGCUUUUGAAUAAGGAGCUUGAGCUGUACAAGGCGGAGUUACUGGACAAACCCUCUGUCCUAGCCAUCAACAAGAUUGACACGGUAACAGACCACGCCUUAGUGACAGAGAUCAGAGAGAGGCUCCAUGAUCUGCCAGACUGUCUGGAGGACAUAGACCCGGCCUUACGACCCAGCCAGUGUGUCCAGUUUGAUGACAUCAUCCCUAUAUCAGCGCAGAGUGGCUAUUCCAUCGAGGAGCUCAAAAUGCGGAUUCGGGAAUUGUUGGACUAUUAUGCAGAUCUUGACUUACAAAGGACAGUCACUGCCGGUCUGCAGCUAGUUCCUCAUCAUAGGGUGGAGUCUUUACCAUCAUUAGACGCAUUAGAACGGAACAAAGCCAGACCUGUGUGAAGGAAACAGUUAUCUGUGUCUUUUGUAAUGGGUUUUUCUUGCCAAAUGUUGCCUAUGGUGAAGAGAAAUACAUGUCGUCCUUCUCUUCGGGGCUUCACUUACAUGGGAAGGUCAGCCAGCAACCAGCUGCUAGGCCCAGUCUCCUUCCAUCAUAAUGCUUGCCUCCAUGGUAGAAGUGAAAUAUUCUUGAGUAUGAUGUAA